AUGUUUGAUUUUGUUAAAAAUAGUUUUCCUUCUUUUUCAGGGACGGUGCUCGCUGUCGAAGUUCAUUUUGAAAAUAAGGACAGUGGAUUCUUUCUGAAACAUACGGCACGAUGGAGUGGUGCAGGACCACCUCCAGAACCGAUGGGCACAGCCUUGCCUGGUGCCUUGUUAUCACUGGACCGGUUCACAGUCUUACAAGGCUCUGCACCAGCGUCAGUCCGUGCUACCUAUGGACCUUUCUCUACUAAACAAACAGUGCCAGCGCGUUACGCUGUACCCGAUCCUUUAGAACCACCUAGAAAAAAUGCGUCGUUGACAGAAUUGCAAGAUGCGACAGCUCACAGAUUAGAUGUAUCCGCGCAUUUGGUUUUUCGAGAACUUCCCCGCGAUGCGCCAGUGCUACGUGUGCUUUUUCAUACUGGCGGAGAAGGAGGCGCUAGAAGGGCAGCAACACGACCUCGACGAGUAUGUAUAACCUUACAUGCAAGUUAUGGAUCACGCACAUUGACAGCGACUUGUGGUCCAGAAGGAGAAGAGGGCGCUUGCUUAGCAGAAUUAACAGUCCCAGCUGCAUGGUGGCCUGCAGACGGAAAGGGCAAACGCCCGCCAAGAACAGUGAGACUAGCUUACAGUGCAGCAGAAGCUGGCAGUGGUGAGACUGGGGAGAGUGCUUGCGGGCGAGUCUCUGUACAACCGGCAUGGCCCCUAGGAUAUGUGACAUUAGCCGGUGCUCGUGCUGGAUAUAGAGAAGCGCGCGCCGGAGAUGCUGCGCUCUUGCUGCCUAGAGCACCUCUGUACCCGCAUUCCCGUCUCCAUCUGCCUUUUGUUGUCCGACGUGACACCAGCCAUACCAUUUCGCACGUCGUUAUCAGGAUGAAGGUAAAGUCAGGCUUGCGUCUAGUGAGCGUGACAGCUGCGAAUUCCCGGUGGGCAGUCACGGCGGAGGUGAAACCUCGGGCGGCGACCGUCACGGCUACCAGACUUGAACAGCCGCUGAGAGAUGACGAUGGCUCAGAUCUGGACUCUGAGGAAAAUAGCGGUGUUGGAGAGCCGGGGUGGGAAGAAAUACUCACUUGGUUAGUGGAAGUAGGAGCUGAAGGCGAGGGUGACGGAGAAGGAUCUGAAGGUGAAUCGGGACGUGGAACUGCUCGUAUUAGCUGGUCAGCUAAAGUGUCUUCUGCACCUACUACAACAUCUACAACUGAAGACCCGCCCCACGAACAUAGAGUCAGCACCCGGCUCGAUAUUGAAAAAGAUGACAUACAAGCUGUUCUGCCGAUUUCUAAGAACUGGGAAGUGCUGAAUACUGCUGUGCUGACGGGAAGACAAGUGUCCCAGGCUAUGAAGGUGCUCAUCGUGUCGCAGGCUGGUCAAGUCGCCGAUGUUACUCUGCAGAGCUCCUGCCAUUCAGAGGAUGAGAGCGUACUCAAAGUAUCUUCUUCAUGUAGCUCCGUAUACGUCGAUGGAUCAGAAAUUCGUGGUUCGUCAAACGCAUCAGUGAUCGUCAAAUACGGCACGUACACUGGCCUGGCACGCUUUACCGUCUGGAUGCCUGAAUACCCUCUUGAGAUCGACGUUGACGACAACCGCCUGUCCCAGAUUAAAGGCUGGAAAGUCCCUGAUGACGCAAACACUAAGGACAGAGCCAAACGUUCGUUAUCGGCAAGGGGUUGGGGCGGCGCCAGACCUGACGCCACCAACUCGCUCACUGAACAGCGAUCGUGCCGACUCAGAUAUCAGCAGAGUAAUGUUGAGGUUUACGCACGUUUUUUGGCCAAAGACCACGACUCGGGCCGUGUCUCAUACUUUGUGUCGCGCCGUACAUGGUUGAAAGUGACUGAAUUAGUACUGACGAGGGUGUCAGAUACACGUAUUGCGACCUUGCGAGGCCGAGUGUUACAAGGAAGGAGUACAGGUCGGACUGAAGUGCAAGUGCUGUCACCAAUCACUGGUCGAGUAAUUGGACUCCGUGAAGUUCGUGUGGGCAACGACAAAGUUUCCAUUUCAAGACUACUGGUCCGCGUUAUAUCUGGGCUUCAACUAAACAUUUCUCCAGAUACUGCUAUCGAAAAUGGAUAUGUCUCAGAAACAACUGUUACAAGGCGACUUACGGCGCAAUAUCAGGAGGGACUUUUGGAUAUAGACCUAGAGUUUUCCGACGGUAGUCACACAGCAUUACGUGAUGUAUCCGUAUCAGACUAUUUCUUGGUUGUGGAAAGCCUUGAUCCAGAAGUAGUCGCAUUUGCACCGAUGUACGCAAGCAAGCAUCCAAGGGUCAUUGCUGUUGGUGAAGGGAGCGGUGAACUUCUCCGAGUAACUCUUUUAACUCCCGAACAAUGUCGGAGCGGCCCUCUUCGGCGAGUAGCCUUACCAGGGAAGGGCGAUACAAAAACGCCAGCUAAUAUCAAAAACAUUCCUGGCGCAAUAGCUACGGCGGCCGCUAGUGUAGACGUUGACUUCAGCGGUGGAGACGCUCCUCAGAGACCAGAUACGCCUCAGAACGAUGAUAUCAUGGCCAGAGGUGGAUUGAGAAGCGGCAUGGCUGAACUUGGAGAUAUCCUCAAAGGGUAUCCAUCGUUCAAAGACGAAAGCAACCACGAGCCUACGAUAGCGCAAGCUCAGCAGUAUAAUUCAAUCUUCCGCAGCAACACGGCUCCGCACCAGCAACACCAGAGCGCGCAAACUUCUGUUGUCAUUGGAAUAUAUGUGGUGCUCGGUGCGUUCUGUUUCGCAAUAGUGGUGUUCGUGGUAUCCUGUGUCGUUUACGCCUCCCGUGUCAAGCCAACUGGCAUGGACCGUGGAAAUAGCAACGAUCGUAAUAUGCCCGCAGUAACUGAAGGCGGGCGUCUUCAAGUUGCCGGACUGGUCGGCACUACCCUAGGGCUUGCCAAGGAUAAGCCGUCACGGGAGUCGACUACUAACGCUCAUGAUUGGGUGUGGCUUGGUCGUGCAACUAUCGAACGCAAUGGCAACCGUCACCCUGCAAAUCGAAACUCCACGCAGCAGACGGAGAACAGAAAUCAAGAAAUGAGAAUUACCGGCAACCCUCUCAAUUACAAUUACGUCGACCCUGAUGAUGCAAUAAGAGAUAACGGAAACGUCAUGGUUACAAGUUUUGACAAUCCAAACUCGAUUGAACUGCCUUCGCAAAACGAUAAGCGAGAAAAGGUAAUUGACUCCACGACAUACUGCAAGAAGCCCGGUCGACAUACAAGACACCAUUCCGGCGAUGGCCAGUGGCAGAUGGAGGGCACAAAUCCAGACGACUACCGACCGCCUGUCCCGCCCCAUAGGAACUCGUCAACACCACAGCAACAAUUGCCAGUUCCACCCCGAAACCCGAACAAAAUUUUGCCCGACACCGUUAUGCCACCAACCAGACGGAAUCACUCCCGGCAUCAACCGAAGAAACAUGACCGCGAUUACGAAUCCAGACGAUCUCCAGAGAAUGGCCACCGCACAGACCGAAUUAUUGAUUUAAACAAAUUGGACGCCCCUUACCUAUUGAAUCGAGAUAUGAGAGAUUACAAACGCGAACCAAACCCGGCCCUUCUUAGAAAUGACCUCGAAGACAAUCCAGUUGAAAAUCUGACAGACAAAGAUGAUUGUGCACGACUAUUUGAAUUCGACAACGAUGCGCCCCUCGUCAUGGAGAACAAGGACUACAGAGAAAUCGUCGGCCUGAACAGAGGCACUGACGACUCGAGACGUACAUUCGCCAAACCCGAAAGCCCCGACUAUAUGCACGACUCUGGAAUCGGCCUACCUGAAGUACAAAUGAGGCACAAGAAUAGAUCUAAAGAGUCGAAGGGCGAUUUCGUAGAGGCCGCUAACAAGAACAAAGGGGGUAGCUCACCAGAGGUGAAACGCGCCACGAUAGUGGGCAAUCCGAUGUUCUCUCGCGGGGAGGAAGGCGCGCUGCCGCCCAACGCGGACUUGCUCGGCCUCGACGACCUGCACAUGGACUACGAUCAGAUCAUGCAUUAUUUCCACAACCUCAAGCAUAUCAUCAAAGCUCCUCCGAUCGACGUAUACAAUGCACCCACUGUUACGUCCGGGGCAGCCGGGCUGGAGGAUAGUACUAUUGACACUCACAACAACAACACUUAUACGAGCUACGAGCACAUAUACGAGAAUGUUAACAACGGAAAUGUAGUCGCACCUACACAAAUGCUUUGCGACUCCAUCGCUCAUAAAAAUAGCUUCAUGAAAAGACAGCUCAAGUUCUUAUUGGAGCACCUGAGCGAGGCGUAUGAGUAA